AGAGGGGCCGACGCGAACAGGGCGGCACCGGCAGUCACACACUGUGUGACGUCACGUGGCCGCUGUGGCCGUCGCCUGCGGCCGCCGCUGUGACAGACAGUGGCGCAGCACAGGCCGCCGAGCGCAGCCGGGCCGCCGCAGCUGAGGUGAGGAAAUGUGCAUCGACGCAGUUCUUUGACGUCGGUGACGGCCGUAGUUUGAAUUGCUGGUACCAGCCGAGUUCGAAAAUAAAGCCAGCGACCACGAUGCGCGCCGACGUUAAGCCGCUGCCUCUGCUGCUGCUGCCGCCGCUGCUGCUGCUGCUGGCGACGUGGGCGCCCCUAGCGGCUGCUAGGAGCACCUCGCUCCGAGACACGUCGGCUGAGCGGCGGCCGGCGCAGGCGGAGCCCCGCACGGGCAUCACGGUGUCGGCGCAGGUGUCGUCAGCGCCGCGGCGGCCGUACGUGGUGUGGUGGGAGGGCGCGACCGCCGACUACUGGCUGUGCCUGUGGGAGCGCGACCCGCGCGCCGGAGACGCCACGCCGCUGGCGCGCCUCGACCUGGGCGCCGGCCUCGCCGACCACAGCGGCUGGUGGGACACCGGCAUCGCCGCCGCCGACUCGCACACGGAGCCGCCCAGCUACGAGGCGACGGACUUGGGCCGGUGGGCGGGGCUGGUGCCGCGGUCUGCGGGCGACGUGUCGUCGUCGGCGGUGGGCGUGUCUUCGCUGGCGACGCGGCCUCGCUGGAUGGAGCAGAGUCGCGCGCAGCUGGCCCCGCUGCCGCUCACCGCGCUCUUCCUGCCCGGCACGCACGACUCGGGCGCCUACAAGCUGUUCAGCGCCGCCGACGCCGCCGCCAGCGCCGCGCUGCCCAGGGAGACGCUCAUCGACAAGUACUCCGUGGCCCAGGAGGAGUCCGUGCUGUGGCAGCUGGCGCUCGGCGCGCGCUACUUGGACCUGCGCGUCGCCUACUACCCGCUCACGGACGAGGUGUGGUGGCUGAACCACGGGCUGGUGCGCUUCCGGCCGCUGGCCGACGUGCUCCAGCAGGUGCUCACCUUCGUCCAGAACACCCAGGAGGUCGUCGUGCUCGACUUCCACGAGUUCCCCGUCGGCUUCCGGCAGCAGGGCCGCCGGCUGGGAAGCGUGCACGACCAGCUGGUGGCGGAGCUGCGCGCGCAGCUGGGGGCCGUGGCGGCGCCGCCCACGGCCGGGGGCGGCGGCUGGGCGGCCACGCUGGACCAGCUGUGGGCCGGCGGCCGGCGCCUCGUCGUCUCCUACAACGACGCCACCACCGUGGCCGGCAACGCCGACUUCCUGUGGAGCGCCGUCUCGCAGAAGUGGGGCGACGUGCGCACGCUGGACGACCUCCACGACUACCUACAGGGCCUCUACCUCAGCCCACCCACUGGGCCCUGGGCGGCAAUGGCCGAGCUGACGCCCAACACCAUGGAUGUCCUGCUCGACCGCCUCGGUGGACUCCGCAAGAUGGCUGACCUCGUUAAUAAAAAUGUCACUGCCUGGUACCGUGGAAAAUGGGGACAGACGGUGAAUGCCGUGGCAGUCGACUUCAUCCAAGGAACGUCUAUUGUGGAGGCUGCCAUCGACUGGAAUCUGCAGCGUGCUGCAGAGGCCCGGAAGGCCAAUGUCACACUUCCGCUAUGUUCCUCGGCACCGGGAAGGACUGGAGAGCUGUGUCCCUCGACACCAGGAAGGCAUCUAUGAUGACGUGGGCGUAAAGUGCCAGAGACUGUUCCUCAGUUUCUGUGCCUCCUACAGACAGUUCCUAUAUCCUCUAAGUAGUAACAUGGACAGGAAGUGGGAAACCACAUCACUAUAAGAAGGCAAUGGGCAAAGUUCUGUGCACUGUCUACCAUAACUGUACAGCAAAAUAGCAACAGAGAGCAAACAUCAUAAUAGUGCUGUCAUAUUGUGCAGCCACAUCUUGCAAUUCUGACAGUUUUGAGUGAUCUAGUAUUACACAAUGACAUGAAAACAUGGCCGUACUUUGUGGUACCUCAGAUUAAUGUUCCUGAUUGUGUUUACCUUGAAGAUAAGGGAUUGAAUUUACCAUUUUUUGCAUUGUAUGGGAAUCGGAUGAUAAACCUUGUGUAUAUCUACUUCAUGAUCUAUGUCUGCAUAUCUGCAGCAGGAUAAAAUGAUAAUUCUUGUAAUGUGUCAUCCAUAUGUUUGUAUGAGUUACCAGACAUUACAUUAUAAGAAACAAAUGACACUGAGUUUCUUUUUACAGUACUUGCAUGUUAUACCUAGCAAUGAUUGUCAUGAGGAAAACAGACCUUAUUGAGAUAAAAGUAAAAAUUAGAAGAAAACUAAACAGAGUUUGAUAUCAGUUUUCUACUGAAAAGCUCAAACGCUAAAGACUCUCACUGUUGCAACUCAUUCUUAAUGUUUACAGUCUGAUGUGGCCUUCAAAUGCAGAAGUUUCAGAGCAUUAAAUAGUUGUUUCUCUAGGUGAAAGUUACAGGAAUCAAAUAUCCACUGAGAAAAAACAUGCUGGAAUAGUUCAUAUUUGUCCAUAGUUCUAGCACUGCCUGUAUUUUACUUGUUGUUUUGAAUCACAGAUCCUACAAAAUAAGUGCAGUAAUUUACUGAAAUAAGAAUGGUACCUGCUUUGUCACAGAUAAAAAACAUAGAAAACAGAUUCUGUCCAUUGAUUGAUACUACAAUUUAUAUUUCCACAUAAGUUUAUACUGCUUUCAUAAACUACGUCGAUUUUCCACACUUCAUCAAUUAUAGUCACCCUUGAAGCAAGUUUAUGGCCAGUGACUGAAGACAUAAAUUCUUGUUUUAUGAAAUUCAUCACAGGUCUACAGUAAGGUUGUUCAUAAGUUCCUCCAGGGCUUCAGAAGACAACUGGAUGGAAAUUCCAAGACAUACAGAAAACAGACAUACAUCAGUGGGAAGAGGCUCUAUCCAAGUUUUUAAGUCACAUUACAGUUGCCCAAUAUGGAACCAUGUGUGAUGCGCCAGUCAUCAACAUGAUAAACUUUAUCCAUACAUAUCAGAUGAAUACGCAGUUGUGAAUAAUGAUUACCAUCAGCUGUAUAAUGGAAUGAUGACAAUGAAAAUUUGUGCCGUACUGGGACUCAAAUGCAGAUUUCGCAUUUAUUGUGAGCAGGAAAUUCACGUUUGAGUCCCAGUCUGGCACAAAUUUUCAUUGUCAUCAUUUCAUUCUACAGCUGAUAGUAAUCAUUAUUCACAGUUGCGAAUUCAUCUGAUAUGUCUGUUCUGGUCACUGGAGUGCAUCGUCAUCAGAACAACACAGGCACUGCAGUAUCAUCUUGCCAUACAGGUCCCAAUAUGCCACAGACAAUUUCAGCAACCACAUUAAUUACCCUGCCAUGUAACUCUCCCAAUUAAAUGGCAAUGGAAGCAGGACUUUGACAUGACUCCACAAGCAGAAAUCACACUUCAUUACGUCAGGUGACAACAGGAGCCACUGAUGAAGAGGAGAGUCAAAUCCAAUUCAUUUCUGAAGCAGUUCAGCAUUGUGGUACUAUCUUAUGGCGAAAUGAAGUUUCCAUUGGAUUGCUACCAUUAUGCCAUAAACCACUGCUGCAGCAUUUCCAGAUACAUGAAAUCAGUUUCCCUUACAAUGAAAAACAAAAUUCCAUGAAAAAUCCUCUCCUCCAGUGAGCACAGCAAGUCAUUGAAGAAGUCAGAACAGAGCUCCUUGUCCCAAGUAGUCAGUGUAUGUAGCAACUGUAGCCAGUACUGUUUUAUACCCAUAUAUUUGCAUAGAAAGUGCCAGACAGCUGAAUGUCGUACCUGCAGCUCUCUACUCUCAUGUGUCAUCUAUUUCAUCCACUCAUGAUGAAUGAGUCAUCAUAUGUCUCAUUCCAUUCAACAUAUCUUGUUAUUCUUCUUUAUUUUCACUGAGGAUAGCAAUGUUCUCAAGUGAGUCUUAUCACUGAUAUCCAUCAUCGCUUUUUCACUGCGUAGAUUGAACAGGAGUAGUAAAAGACUUUAUCCCUGUCUUACACUCUUCCUUCAUCUGAGCACUUCAUUAUUGGCCUUCCAGUUUCAUUGCUCCCUCUUGAUUCUUGUACAUAUUGUAUGUUACCCAUAUUUUCCUAUGGUUUACCCCUAUUUUUCUCAGAGUUCUGAACAUCUUGCACCAUUUUACAUUGCUAAAUACUUUUUCCAGAUUGACGAAUGUUACGAACAUGUCUCGAUUUUUCUUUUUUACUCACUGUCCCAACUUGCCUGUUUUCUUCACACCACAUAAGCUGCCAGUCCCACAGAAUGUGUUGUACCAUCCUUGACUGUUCUGUCUAUUAGAGCUUUUACUUGAUACCUGUGAUGAAAUCAUCACUGAAACAUCACAAUGGAUUUGCAUUUAACAAAUUCAAGAACACAAAAACAUGUAUUGCUCCAAUAUAUGCCAAGUUCUGACAGGUCUGUCCCCUUGUGGUGCCCUCUGAAAGUAGCUUAUGACAUGUAUUAGGAAAUGAAACUUGGAUGAUCUGUCCAUGGAUUUGUAUUAUUUUUCUGUAGGUCUUUUAGUUUUUAAGUAUUCAUUUUCUUAUACCCUGGAGAUACUUAUGAAUAAUCCUGAACUUUUAAACCAUUGUAGAAAUGGAAACAACAUUUAAAUUGUUUGAAUGAUUUGCAGAUGUCAUGUCAGACAGGAUUGUGUAUUUCCCUGAGACAUCUACUCAUCAUCUUGAGUUCCUACUGAUACACUGCUGUUGUGGCUCACCAGUUUACGUGCUGGUUCACUAGAAAACAGCACGCGACAAGGGGUAGGGCUAUAACGUCACUGUAUACAGAUCAUAGAGGAUGUCGCCAUUCAGAGGCCCUUGCUAGAGAAACACACCAUGGUCUUCAAUGUGUGGGGUGGGAAACGCGCAGCUGUUAGUCAUGGACCCAGCAUAUACAUGCAGGCAGGCUGUUGGUGCCCAGUUAAACUAUCUUUCCAGGACAGUUGCUUUAAUAUUUUAUUCACUUAGAGUGAAAUAUGUGCCACCAAUAAAACAGGACUUGUUAUUCCAACUUCUGCAUGCAAUACCACAGUUGUUUUUAAUUUAUGCUAUUGCUAUAAACAGCCGGUGUUUAGUUUUUGGCUGAUAUAUCAUUUUAGGUUACUUUUAUCUGCUUAACACAUCAAGAAGGUCUACCAUGUACAACAUCUUGGUUAUUCUAAUUUGCCCAUAUUAUAUUCACUGUGUAACCUUCAAAAGACAUAAAAGACUUUUAUCAAUACCAACAUUAAUCUAUCAAUGAAUAGAUUACUUUCAUUUCAAAACAAAUAGAUAGUAAAAGCAUACCUGGGGGUGAAAACUGGAAUAAAUAUUUUCCAUUGUAAAUCUGUUCCACAUCAAUACAUUAGCAGGUCUACCAAGUUUUGCUUCCAUAUGAUAAUUGCAAUCCACACUGGACCUCUGAGAGUAGCUGCAUUUUAAUUAUAAGCCUCAGUGGGGACUGUCUCCCUCAAGUUGGAAGAGGUACUUUGAUACCACUGUUCUGGAGACAGGUCUUUCAGAACUAGCAAUUUUGCCACAUCUCAUCUGGUUGAAAUAGGUUCCAUUUCUUUCUUUUUUUAGUUUUAUCGUGUUGUAUUAGUACACUAACUUUGUUAAAUUUGCUAAUUCAAGACAGAUGUGACGAAAUGGGUCACAUGCAGAAAACUAAUCUUUCAACAGUACAACUAUAUUUAAAUAUAUGAAGUCAAAACACAAAGGUUCUAACACAGAUUCUUAGUAUCAAUAGCUGAUCAGUUUUCUUUAAUACAUCACAUGAGAGUCAAUUACUUGACUCCCUGAACAAACACGGAUAACAUGGCUACUCAUUGGAAAAGUGGGUGUACAAAUAGAGAUCUUAUAUGGCAUGAUACAACAUAAAUAGUGUAACUGUUUAAACAGAAAAUCUAAAAUUGACAGAAGAGACUGAAUUUAAUGAUUAUAAAAGUGAGACAGAGAGAAAGUGUGUGCGAAAUUCAUUGUGUGGUAGUUAUCAUACGAUUUAAAAAAAUCUUAUUCUCUUUCUUCCAGCUGAUUUUGCUUCUCUAUCCCUCUUUCUGUUUUGAACAUAGACUGCUUUAAAUAACGUAUCAAAUGACAUAGUCCACACUUAAGUAUUUUGAGACUUGCCAUUAACCAAGCAAAUCUAUUAAAAAUAAAUAAAAGUGAGUGCAUCCCUCUCUGCAUCCGCAUAGUUCAGCAACCACCAUGAGAAGAAUGGUUUCAUCUGCACCUGCAUUUUUCAUUUAUAUCAAGACAGCUGAAAAUGAGGUAGCAGCAAAGAUAAAGCUGCUCAAGUCAGUGCCUAAUCGACAGAAAGGAUGCCAGACAAGAAAAAUAAGAAUGCAAAUGUUACACAAAACUAAACGUAAAUGAGCCGUGCAUGGCUUGUGUUCAUGCCAUAUCUCAUUUGACAUCCUGUUUUUACUGUACUACGAUCUCAUUAUGUUAAUUACAAUUACUGGUGUCACUGAGUUGCCACCAUGCCUGCCUGUGAGUGGCAGCAGUGGCGCUUAUCGAUAUAAGCCCUGGCGUAUUAUCUUUUCUGACUGCUAUUAUUUCCUGGUUGUCAUGUGUUGGCAGGGGGUUCGGAUCUGCCAGGAAGUGGGAAUGCACCUCUAGUGGAGUUCGGACCUGGCAUACAUAUAGUUGGGACAUGGCGGAAGUCGGUUGGGUUGGAGCAGUAGUGAGGCUUGGAUAGCCAUGACUUGCCUGACCAUUGGCGGCACACAUGACUUGAACUGUGGAGAGCCUUGGUUGAUCAUUUUACCAGAUGAUGUGUAUUUGCUCGCCAGUCACUUAUGGGUUGGUGGUGUGUGUCUCAACUCGUGGUUCGGUCGUGUCAUUGCUUGGUCAUUGCUUUUAGCAUUGGUUGCGUUCUUUGUCCUGGUGUUUGUGAAAUUGUCUGUAGCUAGUGAUGUCGACUGCUCAGUUAUUUUAGUGCUGUCUCUGCUGGUGUGAGAGGAGUUGGCCAGUUGGCGUGGAGCAGUGAGGAAAUCUAUGCAGGUCGUAGUUUGGCUGGGCUCGCUGGCGGUCUCUGCGCAGUGUCUGGGCUGUUCCCAUUGCUACGAGGUCCGUGGCUCACCGACCCUGGACACGAAAGUUGAGUUUGGAUUUAAUUUACCAGCAAGUCAAGACUGUUCACACUGUGCCGUUUGGUUCUCGUUGCUGGCUGUUGGGACAUUCCCGCAAGGAACAACUUGUGUGUUUGAGUUGGCGAAGGUUUAGCCUUCGUCCGGUGGAGUCUAACUGUAUUUCGUUAUUUGCAAUUGAAGUGCACCAGCGGUAUUUUCUGCAUUGUGGCCAAUAACAUUCCGGUUACCUACACUGGCCAUUGACGUAAAUUCAGGCAGUGUCCUUUCCUCACCGUGUUGUUGCUGUCCAGCAAGGUGUGUAGUUUGACAGCUUAAUGUAUGCUUGGUUGUGGGUGUCCAUGCCUUUCACAUUUUGCAUUGAACUCCCAGUUGUGUGCUGGUCGAGUGGACUGCAAGUUACGUUGUUGGUGGGUCCGUUGACUGUCUGUUGGUUGGGUUGUCGUUGGAUCGAGUAUGGUUGGGCUGACUGCCUGUCUCACCUAAGUGAUCGUUAAUAUUUCAAGUGCUAGCCAGCACCCGAAUCUUCUGAGUGCUGUUUGAUGCACUGCCUUUUCUUAUUUUUGUAGUGUAUAUUUGUAUGGCUCAUAGCCAAUGGUUUUGAAUUAAAGUUGAAUUGUUUUUAGUGCUGUUUUAAGUCACGGGCCUUCAGCCACUUUAAAAUUAAAAUUCCUUGCUUGUCAAGUGUUAGAUUGUUUGGGGCCUUCAGCCUAAUUUAAGAUAAGGCUUUGUUGUUUAAAUUUAUUUUACCUUGAGUCUUAAGUCAUGGGGUCUUCAGCCAUUUUUAAAUUAAGGAUCUUUGUCUUUCGAGCAUCAGACUGUUUGGGGCCUUCAGCCUAAUUGAAGAUAAGGCCUUCUGCUUGUGUUUUUUAAUUUAAUUUUACCUUGAGUCUUAAAUCACGGACCUUUAGCUGUCUUUAAAUUAAGGUUGUUGCUUUUCAAGUGUUAGAUUUUGGGGCCUUAAGUGGUUGUGCCCUUAAGGCGUAAGAUAGUGUGGUGUAUUCAUCCAAUAAGUAAGUUAAGAAUUUGUACUGUAAUGUUUGGUCAAAUAAAUAAAGUUAUAUGUGUUCGAGUGUAA